GCAUGUGAAUUAUUUGUAAACAUUUGGCAUAUUUCCUUUGAUGUACCCGUGUUUAUUUGAUAAACAUGUCCGGUCAACCGAAAGCCACUGUCAUGGAGUUGUAGAUCAGAUCAGAACAGAGGCAACGCUAUGGGGAAACUAUGGCAUAACCACCCAGGCGAGCUAAUACAGUAGAGAUUGGUUCUUGAAUCACAGCAUACAAUAUGCGCCUUGAACCAUCCUUUCUGUUAAGGUGGCCUCAUUUACCAUAACAAAACCAGACAGCUAGACAUUGCUGUUCAUUAGCUAUGUAAGUGAACUUCAAAAACAAUCCUUGACAGCCACGUGUGUUUUGUUGAUAUACAUGGCUCAUACAUUAGCUCGCUAGCUACUUUCCCGAGGCAAAGAAACUAAAAAACCUGGACUAUAUUUUACCAGGCAAAAUGCAGUCUUAUGGCAUACUAGUAACUAUGCACUCCUUACGACGUUAUGUAUCAGCUAGACAUAUAUGCGAUUGCAUUGGGUAAAAAGCUAACGUUCAUGAAGUAAGCUACUGCAUGUCAAAUUGUGUCACAUAGCCUUGUAUCUCUCCAAAUGGGUCUUGACUAGGUUGAAGAUGACAAACUGUCAGGGAGACGAGGCAGGGGAUAUGACCACAAUGGACCUAUAUGAGAAUCUAACAAUCGAUGCUGCUGUACAGUUGUUGCUGAAGCUCAAAGUCGACGACAAGCAGGCAACGGGUCAGGACUAUAAGGCUGGGUGUCCACCCUCGGAAAGCGACGUUUCAAAAGACAAUGGGCCAGCAGCAACUGCUAAUGGGGAGGACAUGGUUGACCCCUGGAACGUAAUUACCACCAGCGCCAAAGGAAUGGUCUACGACAAGCUGAUAGUGAGGUUUGGCAGUAGGAAGAUUGACCGGGAGCUGGUGAACAGAAUAGUCUCGGGACAGAAGGCACACCGGUUUUUACGCAGAGGAAUAUUCUUCUCUCACAGAGAUAUGCACCAGGUUCUGGACGCGUAUGAGAAGAACAAGUCUUUCUACCUCUACACGGGCAGAUGACCCUCAGAGGCCAUGCAUGUGGGCCACCUCAUCCCUUUCAUCUUCACAAAAUGGCUGCAGGACACGUUUGACAUCCCGCUGGUGAUCCAGCUGACGGAUGAUGAGAAGUAAAUGUGGAAGGACCUGUCCCUGGAGGACUGUCACCGCUACGCUGUGGAGAAUGCCAAGGACAUCAUCGCCUGCGGCUUCGACGUCAACAAGACCUUCAUUUUCUCUGACCUGGACUACAUGGGGGCGUCCCCAGAAUUCUACAGGAAUGUGGUGAAAAUACAGAAGCAUGUGACUUUCAACCAGGUCAAAGGCAUCUUUGGAUUUGGCGAAAGUGUCUGCAUCAGAAAGAUCGCCAUCCAGGCCGCUCCGUCGUUCAGGAACUCUUUCCUCCCUCAGAUCUUCAAGGGCAGAAAAGACGUCCAGUGUCUCAUUCCCUGCGCCAUAGACCAGGAUCCCUACUUCCGGAUGACCCGGGAUGUGGCCCUCAGGAUCGGCUACCCCAAGCCUGCCCUACUGCACUCAACCUUCUUCCCCGCACUGCAGGGGGCCCAGACCAAGAUGUCCGCCAGCGACAACUCCUCCAUCUUCCUCACAGACACGCCCAAGCAGAUCAAAAAUAAGGUGAACAAGCACGACUUCUCUGGGGGAAAGGACACGGUAGAGGAGCACCGGAAAUAUGGCGGCAACCCUGACGUGGAUGUGUCCUUCAUGUACCUGACCUUCUUCCUGGAGGACGACGAGCAGCUGGAGAAAAUCCGACAGGACUAAACCAGUGGGGCCCUGCUUACCGGCGAGUUGAAUCUGAUAGAGACCCUGCAGCCAAUCAUCACAGCCCAUCAGGAGAGACGCAAGCCGGUCUCAGAAGAGACAGUCAAGCAGUUCAUGACCCCGAGACCUCUUGAUUUCUAGCCAGUGCGCGUUAGUCAUGUGCUAAGUCUCAAUGCAAUGUUGGUCGUCCAUGUCAAAACUCAGCAGGACUGCGUUCAGCAGAGCACAAGUUGUGGAACGUUCAGAUAGAAAAAAAAUUGUAGAACAGAUAUGCCUCUGACGUGUAGAAUAAAGGAAUCAUGUCUGAUCUAUUCCCCAACCUUUACCUACUGAAUGUGGCAGGUCUUGUCACAUGCGGCAUUAACUUAAAUGUGUCAACUACACAUCCCUAUGCUGCAUAAUUCAUGUCUAAUUAUUAACCAACUAUAUGGCUUCACAUCAAGCUUACUAAGCAUGGUCAAAUAAGUCUUAACACCAAUACUAUUUGAUGAAUAAAAUAACCUUGGUCUUGUGA